AUGCUUUUUUCAUUUACAGUGACUGGAGUACAAGGUCAAUUUGUAAAAAUUCCAGCACCAUCUUCAGUGUGUAUUACAGGAUGCACUUACUACUACUUCGAAAAUGUGAACAAUGAAAAUGAAAAAGAAGAUCUACAUCUUUCUGCUUCCUUUUUGGGUUCCAAAAGAUGGUGUUCAACUCAUAUCACAAAUGCACUUGCACUUGCUCAUUGCUUGGGAAAACCAAGUUUCUUUAUUACAAUAACUACAAACCCAAAUUGGGAAGAAAUUCAUUCACAAUUACAACCUGGACAAAAUGCAUUAGAAAUUGCUCCGAUUGUUAAACAUAGAUUUCCCCACACUCAUAUAGUAGUACAUGUGCAACCUGAACUGCCUAUUGACCAAAUAGAUAAAGUUAUAACAGCAGAACUACCAAGAGAAAAAUCACAUUUAAGAGAAUUAGUUGAAAAAUAUAUAAUACAUAAACAACAACAUUUACCACAUUGUCUUUCUGUACUAGAAAGUGUAGACCUUCUUCUCCAACAAAUCUGUGAAAAGGAAGAUCCAUUUAGUGGAAAACUAUUUAUAGAUAUCAGUGAUUUCAGACAAGUAGCACCUAUAGUAAAAGGAGCAAGCAAAAAUUACCUUACUCAACUAAUAUAUCCAAAAAUACCUAAUCAUGAAAUACAUUUAAAAUCUGAAGCUGUAUGCUCCAUAAUGCAAAAUAUUUCUAUUGACAAAGGAUUAGUUAAAAACUC